AUGAGGACUGACUUGGACGUGCAAGCCCAAGGUGUACUCGAAAAUCUUGAAUGCAUCCUUGUUGACACGGAAGAAGAAAAAAGUCUUUUGGAAGGGGUCGUCAGCCGCUAUGCUAUCAGCGGAGAGGGUACUGUUUGCGUGGUAGUAGGUGAAGCAGGCAGUGCUCGAACAACUUCGGUGAGGAAUGCUGUGCUGGGAUUUGACCUCGAUGCAAAGUUGCAGAUCAUAAGCGUAGUUUCUGGUUCAGGAAGGGUCAUAUAUUCCCACAUACUUUUAGCCCAUCUUGGUUCGGACAGAAACGCUUUGCAGUUGCUGAUUGAUGAAACAGAUGUGAAUAAAUGCAUUUUGAUUGUGGAAGAUGCUGAUGAGCUGGCCUCUCGUCAACGUCAGUCUUUGCUUUAUCUGUUGCUCGAUAUGACCAGAAGACCUAGCAGUGGUCAGUGGUUAGUGUUUCUUAUGGUGCAACAUCAGAACUUCAUAGCAUCACUCGAAAAGAGAGUUCGUUCUCGAUUGUCAACUGCUCGAAUAUUAUUUCAUCCAGCUUUGACUGUUGGAGAAUAUCUGGGAGCUUUCAAGACCUUCUUAAGUCCUGAAGGAGUAGGGUGUGCAGAUUGGGAGGAUUUUGUGCACGUGCUUUUUUCUCAUCCAAAAGUUGUAGAGGAAAUCAACUACAUGUUUUCA